GGACUCUACUUCCGCUGUCGCCGCCUUCUUUGUCUCCGGCCCAAGAAUUCUACAAUUAAGCAUCAUUACUUUACUAUAAUUGUGCGGAUAUAUUUACACAUAUAUCCACAUUUUAAAAUAUUGAAUGACUGUCGAAUCUGAGCUAUUUAUGCCUAAAAGUAAAGCGCCAAAAAUGGACGAUCUGGACUACAUCCCAGUAGACCUGAGCCCAGAGGAGCGUGCUGAGCUGGAGGACAUUCGCAGGAGGAAAGGAGUUCUACUACAGGAGAUCCAGAGGCUCAGAGAGGAGCUCAGAGAGGCCAUUUUAGAAGUAGAGGGGCUUGAGACCAGCACAGAGGGGAGUAAAACUCUACAAAAGAGUAGACAUGUGGCAAUGGGAAGGAAGAAAUUCAACAUGGAUCCUAAAAAGGGUAUUGUGUUUUUGGUUGAAAAUGAGCUGCUCAGACACACACCAGAGGACAUUGCUCAGUUCCUGUACAAAGGUGAAGGCCUCAACAAAACAGCGAUAGGAGACUACCUUGGAGAAAGGGACGAUUUUAACAUAAAAGUUCUUCAGGCUUUUGUUGACCUUCACGAGUUCACUGACCUCAAUCUUGUUCAAGCCCUGAGGCAGUUCCUGUGGAGUUUCCGUUUGCCCGGUGAAGCCCAAAAGAUCGACCGCAUGAUGGAGGCUUUUGCUCAGAGAUAUUGUCACUGCAACCCAGGUGUCUUCCAGAGCACAGACACAUGUUAUGUGUUAUCAUUUGCGAUCAUUAUGCUGAACACAAGCCUUCAUAAUCCAAAUGUGAGGGACAAACCUGGAGUGGACCGCUUCAUCUCCAUGAAUCGUGGCAUCAAUGAAGGAGGAGACCUGCCGGAGGAGCUGCUCAGAAAUCUGUAUGAAAGUAUUAAAAAUGAGCCCUUUAAGAUCCCAGAGGAUGAUGGAAACGACUUGACACACACCUUUUUUAACCCAGACAGAGAAGGCUGGCUCCUCAAACUUGGGGGACGUGUAAAAACCUGGAAAAGACGAUGGUUCAUUCUUACAGACAACUGCCUUUAUUACUUUGAAUACACCACAGACAAAGAACCUAGAGGAAUCAUUCCAUUGGAAAACCUCAGCAUCCGUGAAGUGGAGGAUCCAAGGAAACCGAACUGCUUCGAGCUAUACAUCCCUAACAACCGCGGGCAGCUCAUUAAAGCCUGUAAAACAGAGGCAGACGGGAGAGUGGUGGAAGGCAAUCACAUGGUUUACCGCAUCUCCGCUCCAACGCCUGAAGAGAAGGACGAAUGGAUCCACAGCAUCAAAUCUGCAGUCAGUGUGGAUCCUUUCUAUGAGAUGCUCGCAGCCAGAAAGAAACGUAUUUCACUGAAGAAGAAGGAGGAGCAACCGUAAAAUUUUGCCUCUUUCUCUUCGUCUUCCUGUUUAUCCUUCCAACGUGAGGCUUCGGUCCUCAGCUCUUGUAUUAGUUUACCACCUCCUUCACACCCUUAACACGAUCCUGUCUACAAGACGUUAUAAUGCUGCAUUUUAGAGCGAGAACGAACAAUAGAUUUCUCAUUGAGGGGGUGUGUGGGGACUGCAACACGACCAAGGUAUUAAUUAAUGACCACAUAAAUGUAUUCUUCAUUUUGUAAAAUAGAUUUCUGCUUUGGUCCACAUUAGUUUUUAAAGUGGUUGAAGUGGUAACCUUUAGAAUGGAGUGAGUCUUGUAAUCUAGCACUCAAAAAAGGUCUUUGCUGUCUGGAACAGCUUGUGCAUGCCCUAUAGAUGAAGCAUAGCAGUUUUCUUUAAUUUUAACUUUUGAGUGUAAAGGUUAGCCUUAGCUUAUCUGGACCAAAAUCAUUGUAUACAAGAUAAAUUGUCAGAAAAGACUGUAUUCGAAGCAAACCUUGAAGGCCCUGUACCUCACGAUUUGUGCUAGACAGUAAAAUCAUUGCUUACUGUCAGAAUUGUAUUGUAAACCAUUUUUAUCAAUCGUGUAUCGUGAAUCUGAAAGCUGUAGCCUAAAAAUACACAGUAGGUAAAAUCCUCCAGUCCAUCCUACCAAACUUUUGCAUUAUCUGGAUAUGGGUUCCUCUGGCUGCCCACUUCUUCUUCAGGUUGCACCUAUGGAUGUCACAAUACCAGCUUUUAGUGUUACGAUAACUGUGUGGGGAAAAAAAAAACUUCAACCAUUAUUCACCAAUUUUUGACAACACGAACAAACAACAGUGCAAUCCAUAUGUUUCUUUCAUACACUUUGUCUUACACAUUGCUAUUUCUCAGAUUUAGUAAUGCUAACGUGCACUUUACAUUUAUGUUUACAUUUUUAUAGUAACGAUUUAGUUUUUAUUUUGCUUCCAAGUUGUUAAGAAUAUUUUUUUGUAGUAUAUUGUGAUCUGAAUAAUCACUGUUGAAGAUUAACAGAGUAUUAUUGACAUCCAUAGUUGCACCGUUGAAGGAUGGGUCAAAUGCAGAUGAUAAACUAAGUAAACUUUAUAUCUUAACGUUACCUCAAAUCAUGUGUAUAAAUUCAUGCAGAUGUGGGGACUGGUUUUUGAAUGCUGAGUUGGGGCUGCUCUCAAUAGGCCCUGUGCACAGUAGCACUCUAAGUAGCUCACUGUGACUCAAAGUUAACAGUCACGUUUAUUAAAAUCAGAUAAAAAUAAUCUAUUAAAAUAAAGAGUACUUAAAUGUUUUAGGUGUAGAAUACCUGUAUGCCUCAAAAGAAGCAAUAGCGCAAGCAUUGAGACAGAAACAUCUCCCUUACUUCUUCCAUAUUUAUUCAGUUUUAGCGUGACUCGACAAAAAACCCAUAAAAAUUAGACGGGAAAUAGUGUUGCUAAUAAUUAGGUUGCUGGGUGCUAUUGUGCACAGAGUCUAUUGGUUUAAAUCUUCCUUUGUCGCAGUUUCGCAGUUUGAGAACAAAUUGGUGGUACAGGGCCUUUUCAUUUUUAUUUUUUACUUUAUACCGCUCACUUAAUAUGCUGUUGAUGCUAUACCCUAGUUAAAAUGUGAAUUCAACAUUUAAUAACUUUGUGUAUCUGAUGCUGGCUGAAACAGACAAUGAAGGAGAGAGGACUGAAUGCAUACGAAAUGAGCCACUCUGUCAAUAUCUUGGCACUGAAAUUGCCCUGGUAGUUUAAGAUUGUUCGCUACUAUUAUGAUCAAUUUAAAUAGCACGAUAAUAAUACUUCCUGAGUAUUUUUUAAAAGGAACUACUGAAAGUAUUAAGGUUUCUGGAGUACGGUUGCAGGAGUCUUAUUGUCUCUUACAUUGUUGAUAGAUGGGAUAGACUUGUGUUGAACAGAUUAUAAGCUAUAAGUACUAAUGGUUAAAUAUUAAUUAAACAUAUUGGACACUGCAUAAAGGAUUAUCUGCAUGACUUGAUGAUUUCAAUUUAGAAAAGGAUUGAUUUAAGUAGUUUUUACAACUUACUUACUUUCUACUAAAGCCACUAAAAUACAACUAAGUCUCAACCUCCAACUAAAGAAAAGACUUAAAACUAGAUUAGAAUUCUCAAUAAUGUGCGACAGUUGCUCAGUUGGUGGAGUGUUUGUCCAUUGAUCCGAAGGUUGGCAGUUUGAAUCCCACUCUUGACAUAAACAUCAUUAGUAGAGCAGUCAGAGCCACUGACCCACAGGUUGGUUGGUGUGAUUCCAGCUCCCACAGAUGAAUACUGUCAUUGUGUCCUUGGCCGAGACACUUAACCCACCUCGCUCCUAGUGUCUGUGUACAUUGGUCUAUGAGUGUGUGUGAAUGGGUGAGUGGGUCCUUGAUGUAAAGCGCUUUCAGAGUCUUAAAGGUGAAAAGCGCUGUAUAAAAAAGUGACCAUUUACCAUUUUACCACCAUAAAGCACAUUUAAAUGCAGAUAUCCUUUUUGCAGUGGACCACAGUAUAACUAAACUAACAUAGUCUCCAAAGCCUGGUGUUUUUCCUGUUUUAAAAAUGGCAUGAUCCGGAAAUCAAAAUGGCAGCUCACUACACUGUAAACCGUUUGUACAUAGAUGUUAGAAUGUUUAUGGCAAGCUUAGAGGCUAUUUAAUUUAUUGUUUGUUCUUUAGUUUACCUUUUUUUUAAGAACUACUGUAGAACUGCAUGUUGAUGGGAAAACCGAAGCAUUGGCCGCGAGUGUAUGUUAAGUGUUAGUGUUCCCUGUCCAAAAUUAUAAUGGGUUGUUUUAUAAAGGAUCUAAACUGAUUCCAUGGUCAAAUUUAAUGUCAAAGUAGAGAAGUUUCCACCUUGUAGAUGGUUAAUAUCUCAGUACUUCUUGGGCCUAUCUAUAUGAAACAAAAAUUGGCACAAAAUUUUAAAUCUCUGUUUAAAAAUAUGUUUUCACUUAAACAUAAAAAGUAGUGGCAUUAUUCAACCAUAUAUGCAUUAUUAUUACUUUUUGGAUUUCAGGAUUUUCUGUUAAGAUAAUUCAUAAAAUAAAAAAAAGAAAAAUCAACCGGUUAGAAUCUGUUUAUCUGAUCAAUUGUAUUAGCAAAACACAAUUUAGUUUAUAGUAAUAUUUUCUGACAAAAAAAACACAGAAAAAACAAAAAACACCAAAUUCUCUGACAGAAAAAGCACAGGGACGACCAAUAGAAAAGCUAUUCAUGUUUUUUUAUGUAAUAAUUUGGCCUCCAGUUCACCAACUAUAACCAUUAGUGUGUUGAUUUGUCAUGACUCAACAGAGGGAAUAAUUUACUGCACUUUAUUCAUUUUGGGGGAGAAAAUGUAAAAUGUUGGUACUAGUCCAGCUUUGUAGUGCCCUCUUUUGGUUACAGCACAUAUUGCAAUAUACUGGAACAGCACUGCAAAAAAGGAAUAAGUGGGUUAAAAUGAUUGAACUGUAAUCUUGCUGUCACUUGUUCAGAAGUACAACUGUUUUCCUUCCUUACUCCAAACCCAAAAUAUCGCAACAUCAUAUUUGUAAUGACCUGACAAUGAUGCGUGUUAUUUAUAUAACAACAAUUCAGCUUGAAAUAAUGUGUGAAAAUGUAAAUAAAACGUGUCAAUUAAACAAACAGUUAUCAUCAACAAAAUAAUUCUAUGUUCUAGUAGAUGACACUUUUUAGAAACUAAACAAUUAAUGGACACACAUUAUGCAUUAUUUGGAUCGGUCUUUAAACAUGCUUUAGCAUUGGCAUUGUGACUGGCAUGUUUGUAUAAACAUGGCUGAAAUGCUCAGAACGAGUCUGGCAAUGAUUCAUGGAAUUAAAAACUGAGCAGGAUUCCUGCAGGUAACACAACAAUCCUGAAAAAAAUGAAAUGGAGUUUCUCAGGCCUUGUAAACGUGAUUAAUCAAACACAUGUGAAUUCCAGUUAUCUUUUCGGUCUUUUCAAUUAUUCUGGAUUUAAUGAAGUCAUUUUAACGCCCAGGAUAUUCCUCCUUUGCACUGACUGUGGUACCAGUUGUUUAUUGCUGUAUGAAGCUGUAAGACCUCGGACAAAACCAUUUAUAUGGACCUAAAGAUAAUGCCUUUUGUCAUUUGUAAAAUUCAUAUUACACCUGCCUUUAAUUUAUGCACUGUAAAAAAUAAUAUUCAGUUAAUAUUACUUGAAUUCAUAAUAUGUAUUGUUUUUGACUCAUUUAGAUUUAUUUACUUGAUAAAACUAGAUUUUUUUUUAUUUCUUUCAAAAUGUUUGACAUGUAGGCUGCAUUGCUUCGCAUGUCGAGCAAAAUUGUCAGAUUCUGGAGUGAGAAAUUUGUACUUGAAAAUGAGAAAACUCCAUUUGCAGGUUUUGGGUUUUUUUUCAAGACAAAAUAUUUGGCAAAAAGUCAGAAAUGGCAAAUAAUUUUGGUCAUAUGCAGUAAGUUGAUGAAUAGAAGAGCACUCCAAUCUGGUAAAUUCUGAAUCAACCUGUCACUAUAACAUACUAGAUAUUACUUUUUACAGUGUGGUUUUGUGUGAUCAUGUGCAGGAUGCCAACGGUAUUACUCUGUUUUCACGGAUCACAUCUAUAAACUGUACACACACUGAACUUGUCACCAGAAAAUGUCUUUGAUUAUUUUGUAUUUAUUUAUUUGUUCUGUGAGGUGAUGGAUAGAUCAUCUGUAAAUGUAGCAGAAAGGAAACCAUGAUUCAUUGGUGCCAGUUUUCAAUUGUCUAACUAAUAAAGUUAAACCAAAAGU